ACUUUUUGGGCGGCGAACUGCGAUGGGCUUUCUCUCUUUAAGAGCCCAUUGGAGGCAUUACACGUUCUGUGAAGGUUGUAGUGUUGUUAGCCAAGUGACCAAUGAACAGACAGAGACUUCUUUCAACGUUAACCAGGACCACACGGUCAUUCACCAAGAGUUGUGGGACAAAGAGACGUGGUGUAUGGGCGCCGGCGCUGGUGUCCCGCCGUCAAUUCCACGCUACACAGAUCAAGAGGUUGGAGGACCCAUACAAGACCUUGGGGGUGGAUAGCUCUGCCUCGUCGUCGGAGAUCAAGAAGGCGUACUACAAACUGGCUAAGAAAUACCACCCGGAUAUCAACAAGGAGCCGGAUGCAGAGAAGAAGUUCCACGACAUCCAAGGCGCCUAUGAGAUUUUGAGCGACGCUGAAAAGAAGCAGCAAUACGACCAGUUUGGUGCGAGUGCGUUCGACUCCAACGGUAAUCCACAGGGAAACCCAUUCGCAGGUGGUAAUCCAUUCGGCCAAGGCUCACCGUUUGGGUCUCAGGGCUCUCCGUUCGGCUCUGCGCAAGGAUUUGGAGGGUUUAGCUUUGAAGAUUUGUUUGGACAAGCGUUUGGCGGUGGUGCUGGUCGUGGUGGGCGUGGACGUGGAGGUGCCGGUUCCUCCUACGUCCAAGACAUCAGGGGUGACAACGUUGAGAUUCUCAAGAGACUGACUCUAAAAGAGGCCAUAUUUGGUGUAAAGAACUCCAAAGUGGAUUACCAAGUACUGGAUACCUGUGGUACGUGCCAUGCCUCAGGUUUGAAACCAGGCAAAAAGAAAUCUACAUGUUCCUCCUGUAACGGUACCGGUUCCACUACGCACUACGUCCACGGGGGAUUCCAGAUGGCUUCUACUUGUAUGUCUUGUGGUGGUACGGGAGUUUCGAUAUCGCCAGGAGAUGCCUGCUCUUCUUGUCAUGGUGAAGGUGUUGUGUCUGCCAACAAGACUACUGAGGUUGAUCUACCAGCUGGAUUGACGGACGGUAUGAGACUAAGAGUCGGUGGAGAAGGUGACGCACCGAGGGCAACUUCAGGUCCGGGGAUUAACUUAUCGAAGGGUGAUUUGAUCAUUCGUAUGGUUGUUAAGCCGGACCCAAGAUUCAAACUCGACGGCUCGGAUAUCGUCCACGAAGUGGAGAUUCCUUAUACGACUGCUGCCUUAGGAGGAACCGUUGAAGUGCCAACCGUGGAUGGACCUUCUGUUAGACUGAGAGUUCCAUCAGGCACAGAGACCGGAUCGGUGCUAUCAAUUAGUGGGAAGGGAUUCCCAAAGCGCAAUAACCUGAACAACAGAGGUGAUAUGAAGCUGAAAUUCCGUGUGAAAGUAUCAAGACCAAACUCUCCAGCUGAGAGGGCACUGCUGGAGGCGCUGGCUGAUCAGCUGGGUGACUCCAGUGCAACUCGUACUGAAGAGUGGAAGAGCAGCAGCUCAACAGGAAAUGGCUCAUCGUCGACGUCGAACUCAGAGCACGACAAUUGCGAGCCUCACCAUUCAAAGUUCUUGGACUUUUUGAAGGGAGCUGCUGAUAAGUUUUUGAAGAAAUGAGAUCACACUCUGCUGAAGUGUUACAGUUGAACCUUUAGACCAAAAAUCGAAACCACCCGUGUACAUAUUCCAAAAGGUAAAGUAGCCUCAUAUUACAUACUGAAAGCAGCCUUUACCUCGUUUCCCACCCAGCUCAGUGUAGUAGCUUAACCCACUUUAACUUGUGUAUGCAAAUAAAAGUAUAAUUCAUUCAGCCGGA